AUGUUGGCUACCAGGUUGACCGUUCAACGAUGUGGAGUCUCAAUUCGUCAAUUCAAAACUAGGUAUGUGUUUUUAAAAUUGCUUUAGAUAUUUAGGUAUAUUUUACGAAAGAUACUUCAACAAAUUGUGCGAGGCUUUUCUCUGAUUCUUGGCUGUUGGGAAUGUUAAGAAAGCUUUUAUCUAUGGAUUUUUUAAAUAAAGAGUAUCAAAGUUAAUUUCAGUUCAAUCCGGCCGAGUGAAGCCAAAACUCCAGUUCAAGAAUGGGGAUACCAAUAUCUGAAGAACCAAAAAGGCUUGAAGAGACCAAUUGCCCCACAUCUUACUAUCUACCAACCUCAGCUAACUUGGGUUUUGUCUGGAGCUCACCGUUUCUGUGGAUGUUUGAUGGGAGGAAGUAAGUUUAUUUAUGUUUAUGGAAAUUUAGGUAUAAAGCAAAAUUUUUAAAAGCGAAGCUUUUAAUAUAAGGAAACAUUAGCUAUGUGUUUUAUUUUAAAUAAGCUUUUACGCUGUUUUUUCUUGAGUAAGCACUUUUAAUGUUGAUCUUCGUUCACAUUAUUCCUAUAUUCAGCUUUGUUGCUCGGAGGUCUCGGCUUCAUGCUUGGUCCAGUUUCGUACGCCGAAUUUAUUGAGUACUUCCGUGGACUGCCAGCUGUGGUGACAGCUCCAUUCAAAUUCUUCAUUUCGUUUAACAUUGUCUACUACGCUCUGAAUGGUCUUCGAUUGUUGGCCUUCGACUUGGCCAAGGGAACUGAUCUACCAAGUGUUUACAAGUCUGGAUGGGCAGUUAUCGGUCUCUCGGUUCUGAUCAGUCUCUUCGUCGUCGCGACUUCUGGUGGCAAGAAGGAAAAGUAA